AUGCCGAUCUUCACACGAGGGAAACGAGCCGAUAUUAUUGUAGCCUAUCAAAACGAUUUAGAUCAUGCGGAAGCCAAUUUCAAUAUGCGAUAUGAGUCCAACGCGUGUCCGAAAGAGGACAUCGCAAACUUCGCUCUCGAGGAGAUGGUCGCUGAGGGUGGUUUCGGUACCGUGUACAAGGCUCGCAAAAACGGAAAUAUCUACGCCAUAAAAAAGCAACCUAAAGGAAACCGCUGCGUCAGACUCAUAUGGGAGAAAAAGAUCACGUAUGCUUUCAAGAAUAUUUUCCUGGUGGAGCUCUUCGCUACGUGGAAAAACGAUUUGAAUACUUUCAUGAUCAUGGACUAUGCUCCCUACGGAGACCUGUAUGAUAUCGGAACCAUCCCUCAUCCGGAAUCAAGACUUAAAGUGCUUCUCGGUCAAGUCGUCUUGGGCCUCGAGUACAUACACUGCUGUAAUCUUAUCCAUCGAGAUUUGAAACCAGAUAAUAUCUUGGUCUUCGAAAAAGGACUCCUGAAACUAUGCGACUUCGGUGUCGCAGUGAGAGCGUCUUCGCGUCCCACAGGCACCGCUGGUACCCUCAGAUUCAUGGCACCAGAAAUGCACGGAGACAAGCCUUACACUUGUGCAGUGGAUUGGUGGGCUCUCGGGAUCAUGAUGUAUGAGCUACUGACCGAAAAAGACGCAAACCCCUUCUACGAUGACAGCGAAGGUUUGACACGAAAAGAGAUAAUCGACAGGGUCUGCCACAGAGAUCCCGAGGAGCUUAGGAAUCCUCCGACCUCCAACCCUGCAAGAGCAAUGGUGGCGCAACUCUUGUUCAAGGAUCCCAAUCAGAGGCUGGGCUUCGGUUUGGGUGGUUGUCAGGGGAUAAAAAAACAUGUGUGGUUUUCAGACAUCGAUUUCGAUGACCUAAUCGUUGAACAGGACUUCCCCGAGAUCGAACUGACUUCCCUAAUCGAGGGAGAGGAAGUGGACCCAUCCGAUUUCAAGAAUGAGGCUCCGCAUUCUCCGGGAACAGACCCAGAGGGUGACCCUUUCGCGGACUUUUGA